AUGUCUACGGAGGAGAAGCCUGAAGCUCCCAUGUAUGUCUAUGAGUCGACGGUGCAUUGUGCCAACAUCCUCCUGUGCCUGAAUGAACAGCGGAAGCAGGACGUCCUGUGUGAUGUGACAGUGUUAGUUGAGGGGAGGGAGAUCCGUGCCCACAGGGCAGUGCUGGCAGCUUGUAGUCAGUAUUUCUCCCUGCUGCUCAGGGGCCAGACGGAACAUGAGCCGCUCAUCAACCUGCCACAGAAGAUCACGGAGAAAGGCUUUGCUCCACUGUUGCAGUUUGCUUACACAGCCAAGCUGCUUCUCAACAGGGACAACAUCCACGAUGUUAUGUGUUGUGCAGAACUCCUGGGAAUGCACAACCUCGAAGACUCCUGCUUCCGCUUCCUACAGGCCCAGAUGAAAAGUGAGGUUCCUGGCAUGCACACCAGCAAGAAUCCCCUUUCACCUCAGACCCUGGUUCAGAAACAUCCUGAUAAUGGGUCAGUGGACCCGAAGGUACGGUUGAGUGUUUCCAAACCACCACUGUUCGGAUCAAGCCUGCACCCUGAAAAUGAUCAAUUAAAAGUCACCAACAACCUGCAUCAAUCAGACCAACCUCCAGAUUUUGACAUCCCUCAUUAUCCCAAAUAUAGAAAGUACCAUCAGGUUCAUGCAAAGCGCACCGCAACCACCUCCUCACACAGCAGUACCUCAAGCUUACACGGAUCCCUGCAGGAUACCGUCACCAGCAGCGAUGCCCAGGGCCUUGAUCUUUCCAAGGUCAAAGCAGAACCAGCAAGUGGGGAAGACUGUGUGGCACUGGAUUUGUCGGAGUUGGAGCAGGACGGUCUGGUCAGGGGUAAAGGGAAUGAGAUGGAGAUGGAAAUGGAGUUUGAAGGAAGACAACUUAGUUCAACACCCAUGGAAUUGCCUGUGAGCAAACGUUCACCAGUGUGCCUGCGCUCCCUUGUUAAAAAGGAAGCCACGUCUUCGGAUCAUUGUCUUAGCAGUGAUCUGCAACUCACCAGCAGAACCUCUCCCCUUCAAGAACAAGUUGCUCCAAAUCAGGCCUUCGUUGGGGGACUUGGAGUGACAUCCUCAAAGAAGGCUGAGAAAUUAACUGAUGGCGUGUCGCUCAAGUCACUUUCCUUUGAGAUGAUCUGCUCUCAAGAAUCUGAACAGGAGAGCGACAGAAGAAGUGUCAUCUUCUCCUCUCAAGCCCCCUACCAUCUGGCGGCACCCGUUCACUCUUAUCCGGGUGAGAGCUGUUUGGGCCAGGAGACUCCGGAUGACUUAUGGGCAGGUUCCAGCCAGUCAUUCCCCUGCUCCCAAGCACUGUCCCCAACUUCUGUCACUCAAGAACCCGCAUUGCCCUACCGCCGCCGGCCAAAGAGCAGCUGUCCGGUGCCCAUUAAGAUGUGUCCCCGUUCAUCUCAAACCGAGAGCCACAUCAGAACCUCCAGCUCUUGCUCUUCCUACUCCUACGCUGAGGAUGGCAGUGGAGGAUCUCCCUCCAGCCUGCCACAGUUUGAGCUCUCUACCUCUCCUUGUUCCACCAUGGCGCGAUGCCUGGUCCUUGAACACCAGGAGCAUAGCAUGUCGGGGCCACCAAAGAUUAAGUUCGAGAAGUCCUACGACACUAAUUCCAGUGAUGAAUCUGGAUCUUUUUCUGAUGGAGAUAGCGAAUCCUUUCCCUCCAAAGAGCUCAGUCAAGAGAUCAAACUGCCUUUCUCAAUAGACAAUAUCACAGAGCUUCCACGCAAUGACUUUCAGCUGAUGAUUAAGAUGCAUACACUGACCUCAGAUCAGCUAGACUUCAUCCACAACUUGAGACGCCGCAGUAAAAACCGCAUCGCAGCUCAGCGCUGCAGGAAAAGAAAACUGGACUGCAUCCAGAACCUGGAGCGUGAGAUUCACAAACUGGUCUGUGAGAGACAGAAGCUCCUAACUGAACGCAGCCAGUUGAAGACCUGCAUGGGGGAGCUGUGGGAGAACUUCUCCUUUUUGUCUCAGGAGGUCUGCAGGGAAGAACAAUGGAGUCCAGAACAGUCUCGGUCUCUGUAUAAUCUACACCCAGAACCAGUUUCAUCCAGUCCAACCGAUACAGACCUUAGAAUCUCUCCCAAUCCCACCAGUAUAGACGUCACUCUCACCUCACACAACAGCGUGGUGUUGUCUCCAGGCUUAACUAGCUGCCAGGCCGUAGCCGAACCACCACCACACUUACACCUAAGAGUCACUUCUGAGAGGUCAGAACCUUCCCACGUGGGCAGCUCAAGUGUGACAACUGAUUUCUGCCAGGAAAUGACAGAGAAGUGUACGACAGAAGAGCUGCCCGAGAGAAACUAAGUCUGGUCAAUUGCAUUGUUAUCUGUUAUUAUGACAAUUGGUUCUGUGUUCAAAUUUUACUUUUUUCCCACUACGUUAAAGGACUGCUCUGUUGUGUUAUCUUCAUGGUGCAUCACCUGAUGUGUUUUGUUUGUGUGCGCAUAUGGAUUUGUUCUAUGAUGAUGCUAAAAUCAUUUCAUUUUGAACCGUUCCUUCAUUUUUUUCAUAUUAAUUUUAUGCUACCUAGUUUCUCAGAUUUAUCUCAGGAAUUUCAGAUUUUUGGCACAACUUUAAAUCAAGCAACAUAUGCAAAUGUGACAUUGAGUGUUUGAAAGUGUUUUGUAUCUUUUGUGCAUCAAAGCAUUCCUAACAAAAUAGAAUGAUGGAGAAAACUAAACAGCUGCUCACCCCAAUUUGCAAAAAGCCAAACAAUCUGUUUGUCA